GAAUUUUUUUGAAUCCCCAAGAAAGAUGAAGACCAUUUUACUAUAUUCAAAUCUUAUGCAAAAGUCGAAGCUUUACACAAAUUCUUUUGUUAAUCUGUCCAUGGAAUUAACUACAAAAUCGAAGCAGCCGAGAGUGUACUACAGACGUUGCACACAAGGUGUUCGACACAAUUCCCCAAUGCUCAAAACUGGGUCACGUGUCUCUCACGUUAUAAAAAAAGCCAGCUUCUUUCGAUACAGUUUCUGUUAUUUCCGUUGAUUUUUUUUCCCCCGCGCUUCAUAGUUUCUUCUCUCUGAAGCUUCUGAGAGUCGUGUACUAUGGAGUCUUCUUCUUCUUUUACGAAAGGCAAGCCCUACCAAGAUGCUAAAGAUCACAUCGCUAAAGGAGAAUACAUCAAGGCCAUGGAGAUACUUGAAGAUUUGGCUCGUGUCCAUUGGGAAGAUCAAGACGCGUGGCUCCUUCGUCUCAAACAAGGUGAAAUAUUCUUACGUCUAGCGAAACAAACAGAGGAACCUAAUGUGGCAUUGACUUACUUUUUGGGAACCCUAGAGUGCUACUCGUUAGAUGAUAGGUUAUUUUCACUCUGUGCAAAAUCACUCCACAAGUUGGCCAGGAUGCUUAGCUCGGUAUCGUAUUACAAGAAGUGUUUGAAGAAAGCAAAACUAGCUUUAUCUCUUACUCUCCCAGAUGUCUACGGUUCUGUUGCUAAGCUCAUACUGUUGACGGAAAGAAAUAAGGGACUGUUGAGUGUAAUCAAAGAUGCAGAGUCCAAGAUCGCUUCUCCCAAGGCUCUAGUUGGUUCUAUUAUGGAAACAAAACCUCAACCGAAACUUUUGGAGUCAAAGAGAAGUCCAGAUCCACACCCACGUGAGGAUUUGGUUAAACGAUUGAGGACGUAUUGGCUGGGAUUGGAUGUUAAGGUGAAACGCGACUUUAUGAAAGUAAGCAUUGCAAAGCUUAAAACUUUUGUUUUGGGGCAAGUUCUUGUGGAAAGUUCCAGAGAAGGAGGAGUUGCUUUGGAGCAAGUUCUUGCUUCUGCAAGGAAGGACAUGAUAUGGACAUUCUGGAUGUGUUGUUCGAAUCACUUCUCUAGUGCUGAAGAUUGUAAGAAUCAUCUUGAACAAGAACAUGCUGCAGAUUUUGUGCCCAAGGAUAGAGUCCAGAGAAUAGGGAAGGAAUGGACUCGUAAGAUUUCUGUUGGAGGUUGGGAACCAGUGGAUGCAGUAGCUGCCGUUAAAAUGAUCAAGAAUGAGCUCGCUUAUGUGAAAUCGUUUGCAGCUAAAUGUAAGAAUGGAUGGUCUGAAGAAUGGCCUUUAGCUGAAGAUGAAGAGCGUGGUAAGUUACUCAAGGAAAUCAAAUUGAUCCUUGUGUCGCUUUGUGACCAUAAAACAUUCUCAUGUAGCGUUCGAGACUGGUUGAUGCGUUUUCCGGUUAAACACCUUGGAAAAUUUGAAAUUUCCAAACAGAGUCUUGUCGAAUCUCGCCUACUGGAAACACCUCAGAGUAUCUGUUUUCUGGAAUGUCAUGAACUCAAUCAAAUCCUGGACUUUCUAAAUAACAUAAAGCGCGAAAGGGAUGAUGGUACAUAUCUGGUUUCCAGAGCGGUAGACAGUGUCUUGGGCCGAACUCGGGUUAAAGAAAAGAUCGACUUUGACCCUCAGUUUUCAUAUCUGCUUCUGGAUAGAAGGCUGCUGAAAAGCAAUAAUACUCCAUUAAAUGAGGAUGCGACAAUCAAUGUUUUUGAUCCCAAUGUUCACUACGUCAAGGCACAUGUUCAGGGAGAUGAUAUCGUAUCUUGGUUAACUGACAACAAUUCAUUAGAUAAGACCUUUCCCAGAUCUAUCAGGGAGCAAAAUAUUGAUAUGUGGGUAGCUGUUCUCAGAGCUGUUCAGUUCACAUGUCGGAAUUUGAGAACUAAAUAUGCAAAGAAAGCACUGGUCUUAGAUUAUGAAGCAGCUCUUACUGUGAUCCAGAACAUAUGUAUGAGCGAAGAUGAAAGGAGAAAGAAUCUGCAGGAAGAUCAGUGGAUCAGAUAUGAAUGUCUUCUAUGCGAGAGGUGUGAAGAAAGAGUCCCUGAAGAUUCCCUCACUACAAAACUGUUCUUGUGUGCAGUUCGAGAUGUUUUGGAAGGAGCAUUGCAUCCAACAUUUGAUGUCCCCGAUUUAGAAGACUGCUUGAGUCUUAUACGUGAGCAGAAAAUUCUUAGUGACGAUAAAGUGUUGAAGUCCAUAGGACUUCUGAAAUCAAUGGUCACCCACAAGGUUCUUCUAAUCGAUGCAAAGAUUUUGUUGAUUGAUAAUUCAAGGAAAAGUUUGCUAAACAUUCUCGUCAGGCUUUGUGUUUAUGACAACCGCACCUAUAUUCUUCAACUGAUGAAACCCUUCUUACUGAAUAAGAUUCUAAAUAUGGAAUUUAAAGCCAAGGCAGAUGCAGUAGCACUAGAUCUUUUACUCGAGGAGGAGAAGAAGAAGCAGUCAAAGAAAAAGAAUGAUAAAAAAAUCAAGGUCUUUCAAAGAACUUCAACGAGCAAGCCUUGCACCCAUGAUAAGACUGUUGAACGUAAGCCUUCUGUCAACCUUGAACCGGAAAGUACAUCUCCAUCGGUGGAAGAAGAUUCUAUGGAACAAGAAGAUGCUCUUGCAAGUGAGAGGGGUCGAUUGGAAAUUUCUUCCAAUACUCAAAAUCAAGAGGACGCUACUCAAGAUGACCCUGAUACAAACAUGCUUGGAGAAGAUUCAUUUUCGGCACAUUCGGGGUCAACACUUGAAGGUGCUGCAGCCAUAUACAGUUCAGCUUUUGACAUGACGCUGAAGGCUCUCUUGAACAUUAAGGUUCUCAAAGUAGAUUUGAUGAACAAUAUGCAACCAUUUCAAGCCCACUUGCAACAACAAAUUCCUUCUUCACUACAAAAUGUAUUUACUGCUUUGGUGUCAGAGGAGAUAAAAAAUGAGGGAGUCUACAGUUGGCUAUUGAGCGACUUACUUACUUCUUUAGAAGAAGUUAUUUCCAUGUCUAGUGAUGCUGCUAAGGUAGUUGUGGCCAUCCUUGAGUUUUGGUGUUGCUGGAAAUUUCCAGAAAGAGAAAGUAUGGUCACUCGCCUUUUCACGUUGGUGGGCAAUGAAAGAAUGAGUUGUCGAAAAUGCAGAAGGAUUACAAAUUAUCCAGAGAAAAUUUCAUAUGUGCUUGUUAUGGCUGCAGAUUCAAUCAGACAGCUCAAGUGUGCUCUUGAGAGUAUAAAUUUUGUGGACAUUCUUAGGGUGAUUUGCAUGGAAUAUCAAAAGUCAUGUGACAUUGAACAAGGAGGUUGUGGAGAGUCAAACUUUGUUCAUCACAUUAUAAGUAGAUGCCCACCUAUCUUCACAAUCGUGUUAGAAUGGGAGAAGAGUGAAACUGAAAAAGAAAUAUCUGAAACAACAAAGGCUCUCGACUGGGAGAUGGAUAUCAGCAGGCUAUACGUAGGCUUAGAGCCAAACACUAACUACCGACUUGUAUCAAUGGUUGGUUGUGGUGAAGAUGAAGAACACAUUUGUGUAGCUUAUGAAAAUAACCGGUGGGUCAAUCUCAAACGAGAGUCUUUAGCAGGAGAGGAUGUCGGUGACUGGAAUGAUGUGAUCAGUAUCUUUGGAGAAAGGAAGGUUCGACCAGAGAUUCUGUUUUAUGAAGCUGUCCAAUCGAUGGCUUAGCAAGUGUAUCAAUAUGGAAGAACCUAACAUUGAUGUUUGUAAAUAGAGUCGCUAGAGUUUGUUUUGCCAACUAAAACUUACUA